CCGUCCACUUCACAUCUUCUUGAAACUCUAUCACCCGGAUAUCGCGGGAAAGCCCGUCUAGAAGUGUGUUAGUGGCUAUUUUGCACGUGGGUGAGUCAUGUCCGUAAUUUCACCCUGACUAAAGAAGAUUUCAGGGAGAUCUGAGCGCAUCGUUUUGACAGGAGACACCUGUUCUGGCCAUGACAUCAUCAUGCACCUUGCAGUCUCGCGGGAACACGCGAUAGUUGGGCGCCAUUUUGAAUAUUUACCUUGGAGUUAGCAGGCAACGAAAACAAAAGUUUCAACUGACUCACCCGGCAGAGAUUUUCCUAUUGAGACCCAGUAUGGGGUGAUGGAGACGGUAACGUACCUGACACUCUUCACAGGAGGAAUGGGAGUCUAAAUUAAGACAGCAGCAUGUAAAUAAGCCAUCGCCAUAAUAAGACCAAUGCCUGCUGCUGUUCCGUCCAACUCCCCUGGAGGUGCCAACCACAAGCUGCGGCCUCUGCAGAAAGCUGGCAGGUCCCACAAACACCUGCUGCGCCACUACCACGACAUCGCCUCCAGUCUCUUCAGCUCCGAGAGACUGCACGGCCUGGAGGAACUCUUUCUCGCAGCUGCCAAGGAUGGUGACUAUGAAAGGGUGUUCAACUUCCUGCAGCGGCGCAGCCAAGAUGUCAUCAGUAUUGAUGUGAAGGAGCCAAGAACAGGAAACACGGCCCUGAUCUGGGCUGCACAGAAAGGCCACACCAGGAUAGUAGACCUGUUGUUGAAGUACGGUGCUGACAUCACAUUACGUAACCAUGAAGGGCAGACGGCCAUGGACCUGGCCCCGUCACACCUGUGUCGCCUGCUGCUGGAGUCUGUGGACAGGGUGGGGACAUCUCACCGUCACCUGCUGCAGGCAGCCUGGCAGGGCAACACCAGGAAAGUCAGGGCACUGCUGGCUGGUCGUAAGGCCCUUGACAUCAACUGCAGUAACUCUGAAGGCUUCUCACCCCUCUUGUUGGCCACAAGGGACAUGGACAUGUUCCAAGAUCUUGUUCCAGGUCAGCAUAAUCCUACAGAAGUUGUGAAAGAGCUGAUUGGCAAGAGAGCAGAUGUGACUGCAUAUGAUGAUGAGGGUAAGACACCUCUUCACUUGGCUGCAUCUGCUAAAGGUCAGGGGUCAGAGAAGGUCGUGGCAGCUCUUAUCAAAGGAGGCUCCGAUGUUGAUGCUCAAGACAAGCGAAGUCUGACUCCCAUCCACUGGGCCUCACAGGUUGGCAAAACGUCCUCAGUUCUGACACUGAUAGAGGGUGGAGCUGACGUCAACAUCAGAGGAUGGUCUGGAGCUACACCUCUACAUGUCUCUGCCUCCCAUGGCCAUGAGCAGUGUUCAGCAGUCCUGCUGGAACAUGGGGCAGACAUCACCAGUGUAGACGACGCAGGCAUGACACCUGCUGAGGUGGCCAAGGGAAAAAGACUCAAAAGUGCACUCAGAGAGGCAUGGACAGAGGCCACCCAUUCUGACACAAGCAGGGAACUAAGUCCAGUCCGACCUCCGUCCAGAAACCCUGCAGAACAAAAGGAAGAGCAGACUUUGGAUGACCACAUACAGGGACUUUCCUCCAGCCCGUCUGCCCUGAGCUCCACCCCCCUCCACAUCCGGGCGCUUCAUCAGCUGGCUGCAGAGGAGAGGAGACUUCAUGUGUCUGAUCCUGGCAUGGCUGAUGGAGAGUCAAGUCCAAGGGAUUCUGUGAGGAAGUUAGGGGUUCCUCGUGUCUCCAGCAGGACUCCCCCCAGACACCAUAGGACCCCCCAGAACUGCAGUGACAGGGCCACUCUGGCUCCUCUCAUCCUGUCCAGGGCACAGGUCAAGCAGAACAAACUCAAGACUGCCCUGGGCGGGGGGACAGACUCCCCAUCCUUACACAUCAGGGGGAAGGGCAGGCUGAAGAUCACAACUAUGAACAGACACUCUCACCCGUCUCCACGACAACAGGAUCAGCUGCCACAGCUGGUGGCUCCAGUGUCCGUCACCAUGCUGGAGCUGGGCAUGGCAGACAGUGUGAGGGAGAGAAGACUUCAGAGACUUGAGAACAGUCCAAUUGGACCCUUGAUACAGAGAAGACCCAGAAUCAUGUCAUACUCUGGAUCUGCAGGCAGCAAGAAGUUUUCUCCGCGGGACAGACGUGUGAAUUCUGACCCGUGUGCGGGUGAUGUGGCAGCAGCGUGUGAGAUGUACAUCAGACAGGCCAGCCGGCUGCAGUACAGGCUGCCUUCUCCUCACCUGGAGCACCUGGAGGAGAGCAGGUCACUCUGUAGUGAGAAGGAAAGUCGUGAAUCUUCUCCCUUCCUCCCCCCUCCCUCACCUCGACAGUUCUUGUGCAGUGGAGGGGAAACAUCUGUAGAGACAUCUCCUAGAAGUCAGGAUGGCAGUACUGAAGAUAUUGGAGAAAAGGAAGGUUCUAUUGUCAGUGGAACUAAUACGUCUUCACUGCUCUCAAGAUCUUCAUCAUUUGUCAUAGAAGACAGUCAGCUUAGAGUAACGUCACAAAGACUUGCGUGUGGCAAAGGCAAGGGAGAUGCUCAUCAUAGGAGCAGGCCACCUCUGGUUUCAGACACUCGUCAGAAGACAGACGUUCCUACUGAACAUUCCAGCUCACCAGAUUCCACAAGUCAAGAAGUGCAGGCUGCAGGUGACAAACCGAGUGUAGCAACAAGUAAUAACCAGCAGGUAGUUAGUGCAGGACAAGGAAUAUCUGGUGAGAAAACAACAAAGAAUGGUGCCAACACAAAACCAUCAGAAACCCAGAAGAAAGACUCCAAUAGAGCAAGUGGAAAAGAGGAUAAAGGGUGUAAAUCUCAUGUUGAGAAAAGCCCACAAAAAUGUUCAAAAGAGAGUGAGGAAACAACAGGCAUAUCAGAAUUUGUGGUGUCAAAAGGAAGUGCAAGCAAAAACAACGCAGCCAAGAAAAGAACUAAAAAGAAGGUAGCUCAGACAAGCAGCUCCGACAAUGUUGUGCCAUGUGUAAAGAAGACUAUAUCCCAGUCCUCUGUGAAGCCUAAAUCUUCACAGCAGCAAGAGCGAGUCUGUGAGACUCCUGAUUCUGACAGAUAUGCCACCAUCUCAUACAGACUGAGUGAACAACUCAUGAUGAGGAAGGACCAGAACUAUUAUCUUGUUCAGCCAGCUGGAGAAUGCAAGCAUAAUGCAGUAGAGGUUGAUUCUUCUCAGCAACCAGAGUGUAGGGAAACUGAUGUUGCACAUAAUUUGUCUAGUUUUGGACCAACAAACACACUGCCAAAGCUGACUGCUUCUGAAAGCACAAAUAACAGCUCCACUCAAAGCAAUAAAACUGACAGUAGCAUUACUAAAGACACAUCUUCCCCCAACAUUGUAAAUACUGAUAGCAAUGUGCAGUCUAAUAUGAUUUUGCCCUCCGUUGAAAUUAUCAACCCCACCCCACGGACAACAAUGGAAGAGCCCACACCAAUAAUACAAGACUUCCUCAGCCUCCUACCAACUCUCACGCAAAAUGAUGUACAAAAUGUCAAGCCUAGUAGUGCCAAACCCACCAAGAAAAGUGCAGGAAAGAGAACUAGGGAGACAUCAUCUAACAGACAGCAGAGACAGGGCUCCGGCAGCUCAACUAGGUCAGGUAAGAGUUUGUGUAAGUCGUCUGCUGCGUCUACUACAUCUGCUAAAAAGUCCAGGUCAGGAGAAACUGCCAGCACACAGGCAGCAAAGGGCAAAAACCAACAACCUGCCAAACAAAAGAAGAGCAAGAAUAAGAAGAAGGAGAAAGCUGAAGAAGACCUGAGCAAGGUUGAUCAAGGUGCCAUUGCUUUUGUGUCUGGCCUUGGAUGGCACAUCCAGACAGAUUAUGCAGAAACAGACUAUGCACCCUCACCUGACCUUCUGAAAGAAAUGACAUCCCCAAGGGAAGACACAAGAGAGACCAAACACACUUCUAAGAAACAGUCUAAAGGGUCAAAGGCACAGCUUUCCCCACUAGCAAGGUCCCUGAAUGGACUAAAUGCAAGUAAUUCAGGAAGAAGACAUGGAAAUAUCGGGAGUAUGGUUCGAAACUACUUUAAGGAAGGAACCUUGAGCAAAUCCCUACCCAAGCUUCUUCCUGAAACCCUGAAGGCCAUCAGAGAGUUCUCUGAUGACAUGAAGGCAGCAACACUGCCCUUCCCCCCAGACAAGUCUGAACACUUGGACAUCACUCAAGAUGUGAAAGCCUCAACACUACCACUACCUAACACAAAAUCUGGCCCCCUGGUUUUUGAUAUGCUCUUCCAGGCCUCCAAGAAGGACAACGAUCAUGACAACAUUAAACUUUCCCAUGAUUUAGAGGUACAGCUACAGAUUGAUCCAGAGUGUGAGAAGAAGGACAGAGACAAUGUCCUUUUGGGUCAGUCUACAGCAGGAAGUGUGGACACCCACACUGCCUUUCCAGAUGACAGUGAUUCUGUAAGUUCACAUGACUCAGACCUAGAUGCAUUUUAUCAAGAAGCUCUGAUGCAGCUUGAGGAUGAGGAGAAUACAGAUGAAAACGUAGCUAUGGCUCCCAACCUGCUGGGUCAUGGGAAUAUGGACGUUCCCCACACAGACAAUGUUGAGGGCUGGUCCACAAGAAUCACAUCACGUAAAACUAGCCUCCAAACUGAGCUAGAUGACAUAGAUCAGACCAUGUCGGUGUACUCAGAGUUCAGUGCUGGUGUGGACAAUGUGAACUUUGUGGGAGAAGAUGGCAGUGAGGUGAGCACCAUGACACCAGUGCCCCUGGAUGACUCUGAUGGUGCUGAUGAGACCACAGAACUGGUGAUGGCUCCACGAGGACCAGAGGAUUUCAACAGCCUGAACUCUGAGCCUCACACCAGUAUCCUGCGGAGCUGUGCCAGUCGCAGCAGUGGUCGCAGCGGCAGUGUGGCCACCUACAGCACCGAGGGGCUGGGGUCACAGGAGGAGGAGCAGGUCAUUCAGUGGAAGAAGGGAAACCUGCUAGGCAAGGGUGCUUAUGGCAAGGUGUGUUGUGGGCUGACCAGUCGUGGGGAGUUGAUAGCUGUGAAGCAGGUGGAGUUGAACACAGCUCACUGGGAGAAGGCAGAACAGGAGUACCAGAGGCUCAGGGAUGAGGUGGACCUGCUACAGACACUCCGACACAGGAACAUUGUCAGGUUUCUGGGUACGAGUCUGGAAGGUAACGUGGUGAACAUCUUCAUGCAGUUCAUCCCUGGAGGAACCCUGGCCUCCCUGCUGGCCCGCUUUGGUGUGCUGGAGGAGGGCGUGGUCAGCAGGUACACCCGGCAGAUCCUCAUAGGUGUGGAGUACCUGCACAACAACAACAUCAUCCACAGGGAUCUGAAGGGGAACAACAUCAUGCUGAUGCCUAAUGGAGUCAUCAAGCUGAUAGACUUUGGCUGUGCCAGGCGGGUGUGUGAACGGCUCAGUGUCUCCAACAGCCAAGUACUGAAGUCCAUGCGAGGCACCCCAUACUGGAUGGCUCCUGAGGUGGUAUCAGAGUCUGGGUACGGUGUGAAGUCUGACAUGUGGAGUGUGGGCUGUACAGUGUUUGAGAUGCUGACUGGGAAGCCGCCCUGGGCUGACAUGGCUCCCAUGGCUGCCAUCUUCCACAUCGGCAGUGGCAAGGAGGUGCCGGAGUUGCCUGACACAGCCUCCCCUCCUGCCCAUGACUUUGUCCGUGCCUGCCUGACCAGAAACCCAGACCAGCGGCCGUCAGCCUCUCAGCUGCUCAAGCACCCCUUCAUCCUUAGGAGGCAGGAGGAAGACUAGUUACAUCUGUAUGGAGGAGUUGGUUAGACAAUGUGAACAAUGUACCAUGCAUAGUAAGCUAGGUCACAGGUAUGACUACCUACAUAUCAGCUGGAUAAUGAUGUUGCUUGCAAGUCUUCUAUGAAAUGUAGCAGUUUUCUGAAUGUGCAUAAUAUACAUUUUGUAAUGUAGAUAAAAGUUUUUGAUUUCCAGCUCAUGGGAAACAUUUAGUACUUUUGUGCCAUUAAGAGGAGCUAACUUAUAUAAAUAUUGCUGCAAAACUUGAUUCUGUAAGAUUGUAAGAUUCACAUGUGAUGGUAAGCAGUAUUCAAGAACUAUGCAAUUCUGAGUCAUUCGGAAACUACCACAAUUUAUGACUAAAAUGACAAAAACAAAGGGGAUUUGGCUCUAGUCAAAGCAGUUUUUCAAAUGUUAAGCCAAUUUUGACUUCAUGUGGAGAUGUUGGUUGAUUAUUUGACAUUCUUGUCAUCCAUUAAUGACUUGUGAUAUGAAAACUCUUUGAAAUCAGUAUUAUCAAAUGAAAAUUUGCUCUGAGCAUGCUUCCAAUUUUAAAUGUAUACACACAUGACAAAAUAUUGGCCAAGUUUUUACUGAGAUUUGUUGGUAUUAGAUUCAAAAUGUGGUCCCAAAAUAUGUGAUACAGAGUGACUACAGACAGACACGAAUAGUAGUAUACAGUAAAUUUAAGUGGAUCUCCCACUGGUCUGUUAGGAUGCUUAUUACCAGUAUGUGACAUAGAUGUUACAAAAAUGAUGAAAAUUUUGUCUUCAGUACUGAUCUAUGAAUUGUUGUGCUGCAGAGAUGUGUGUAUACAUGUAUUUUGCAUGGUGAUACUACAUGUCUGUCUCUCCUGUUUCAUAUGUUCCCUUUAACUGUGUCUUUUCCAUCAGAAUGUAGCUUAUCCGCCAUAUUGGUGGACACAGACCACAGCAGUGUUAUUCAAAGGGAGUGUCCAGUGAUUGCUUACUGAUUUCACUUCCUGCACAGUGCCUUAAUCCACCCUCUGCAGUGACAAAUGACAUUAUUUGAUACGAAAACAACUGUUGACAUACAGUGUACAGAGUCAUUUAAAUGGCUAGUAAUAAUGUUAUAUUUACCUGAGAUGUUAAUAUAAGUGAAAUCUUUAAUUUGAUUAUUUAAAGGGUGUUUGUUUUAGAAUUGAUCUAAUGAUAACUGAGUAGUAUGUAUUUUUGUAAUUCAUCGUAUUAUAUAUAUUACGUACUAGUAAUCCGUCCGUGAGGUACAGCUUUUAAAGUUGAAACAGCAAUGACAAAACAAAGCAGAGUGCUUGUUUUAUGUCCAUAUCAUAAGAUUGAAGAUGUGAUGAUUGAUAUUUUUAGCCUGUACAUGUUGUAGGUCAUGACAUGAUUUGUUGGGAAAAGGUGCUUUUUUUGCCCAUAGAAAUGUGAAGUUAUUUGCAAAAGAAUCUGUAUGGCAUACAUUGUAUUCUUGUCGUGGUGACUUUGGUGAUGUUAUAAAAUCCAGUUUUGUUUCUGUCUCGGUACCUCUUUCAGCGUCAUUCAGAUAUUUAUUAUUUUUGUGGAUGGUGUAUUGGAUGUCAAAUAUCUGUAUAUAUUUGGUUGGUUGAAGUAAAUUCCUAAUAAACCCGUAUGAAUUCUUA